AUGGGGGAAGCCGCGGACGGGGGGGAGGUGAGAGAGGAAGAGGAGGAAGAGGAGGAGGAGAAGGUAGAGGAGGAGGGAGAGGAGGGGGAGGGGGGAGAGGAGGAGGAGGGGGGGAAGGAGGGGGAGGAGGAAGAGGCGGAACGUCCACCGGAGUUUUUCAACAAUCCUGCAUCGAGCAAGGUCAACGUUACCCUAGCAGCAAUCGUCGAGGUGGAAGGUCUUCAGGAGUACCUAAUCGGCUGCAUGCGCCUCCUAACCCAACGCGGGAUGAUCCGCGAUCUGUCACGGGACGACGACAAUAUCAACGACUGGGACGCGGCAUUCCACGUCAUCAUCAGCUUCUUCAACCUCACCAUGGACCGAUUCUAUUCUCUCUUCGACGCCGCACAAGCUAGUAAUGACAUGCAGGAGGUGGAAGGCAUGCUGGAGAAAUGGCAGAGAGAGAAGCCGGUGUUUGAUGGGAGGUACCACAGCAUUCGGUCGGUGAUCUACAGGCUAAGGAAGUCGCUGGAUAGGCGGCAGCACAGUGAGAGGCAGCGGCAGAGGAUGGAGGAAGGGCAGCUGCUGCAUGCCGAGUUCUUCCCCUCAGGUCAGCAUCCGUCCAGCAUGCAAGCUGUGGAUGGUCCGGGCGAGCUCAGCUUGGAUGGCCGCCCCCGGCAUGACAACGACCACCUUGAAAUCUCAGCCAUCUCAGUGGCACCAACGAUGGAGGAGGUGCUCUGCAAAGCGUCGCCCUACCUGCCACACAACCACCCCAGCGAGCCGCACCACCUGCCAGCGGGCUCUGUGGCCCGCCAUGUGGACAUCCAGUUCCGCCUGCUCCGCCACGACCUGAUUGCCCCCCUCUGGAGCAAGGCGCUCUUCCUCUUCCACCGCCUCAAUCACGAAUCCUCCUCCCUUAAUGCUCGUGGCGGGAGCAGCAGCGGGAGCAGCGGCAGCGGUGGUGGAAGGGAGGAUGCGAUGGGGCUGUUGAGGGCGGACAGGGAGUUGGUGCGGGGUCUGACGGACGACAUGAAGGGUGUGGUGGGGUUUUCAUCGGAGGACAUGGACGUGUAUCUGCUGCGGGAUGUGCACGUGCUGUCCAUCAACACGGACAAGAGGAGCGGAGUUUACUUUCUCAUCGACUUCCUUGAGCCUCCCAUGCCGCGGGGCCGGAAUGCCCGUAACAGGGUGGAGUUUUGGGACAACACGCGGAGGCUGCAGAACGGCUCGCUGGUCUGCCUGUGGAUUCGAGACACCCAGCGCAGCAGGCAGGCAGCAGCAGGCAGCACUCGCAGGCAGCAGCCGCUCCCCCCUGCGGGAGACACUUCAGCGAGCGACUCUUCCUCCCACCGGCUCGUCUUCGCCACCAUCACGGCCCGCGACACAAAGAGGCUUGCCACUGCCAGGCCGCAGAUUGGAGUUCAGCCGUGUGGAGAGAACGGGUUCAGUGCGGAUUUGCUGGGGCUGAUUGCUCAGGACGGCAGUGGGGGCAGAGGCGGGAGUAAGGGCGUACAGGUGGUGAUGUUGGAGGCGCAUGGGAGUUUUUUUGCGUAUGAGCCGAUUCUGAAGGCGCUGCAGAGCAUCACUGACGCGUCGCUGCCCUUCUCUGAGUACAUCUGUGGGGCAGCUGGCGGAUCACCUGGUGGGGCACCUGGAGGGGCACCUGGGAGGGCACCUGGAGCGUACAAGCUGCCUGCGUACAUCAAAGGGGGCAUGACGUACGACUUAAGCCUGCUGCUCAAGACCAAAGUGCCCUCCUCCUCCUCCCAGCAGCCACAGAACACCGCAGAAGACGAGUUUGCCAUGAGGAACGUGAUGAUUUCCAGCCCCACGGCCUUUCCCAUGGAUGCGCUCCUGCGCUGCACGUCGCUGGACGAACCUCAAUCCGUGGCUCUGCGAGCUGCCCUCACUCAGGAGUUCGCUCUGCUGCAAGGGCCCCCGGGAACUGGCAAGACGUUCGUGGGGAUCAAACUUGUGGAGAUUCUGCUGAGCAAUCCACUCAAGAGCAGCUCGGCAGGUCAUUUUGCUCGAGGCAGGGAGCUGGCGAGUUCCGCAGGGCCCAUCCUGUGCGUGUGCUUCACCAACCACGCUCUGGAUCAGUUCCUGGAAGGCCUCAUCGCAAGCGGCAUCAAGAACGUGGUGCGAGUGGGAGGAAGGAGCAAGUCGGAGGUUUUGCAAGAGUACAACCUCCUCAACAUCAUCCGAAACUCGAAUUUGGAUCGCAGCAGAACGUACAGGCAGUCAAGCUAUGAGGUGGGAAGCAAGCUAAGGGAGGUGGAGGAGGUGAUAGGCACGUACAGCAACGCCCUGCAGCAGCGCAGCGACAACGUGGCGGCGGUGGCGUGGGGUACUCUUUCCUCCCACCUCAUGGCCAACCACCCCGUCUACUUCCAAGCGCUCCGCACCAGCAAGGCAGAUGCCGAUGGUUAUGAGCAAGUGGGGCGUGACAACUGGAAGCGGUGGAAGCAAGGCCUGCCCAAGGAAACCCUGCGCCGCAAGAAGGGUGCUGCUGACAUGUGGGGAGAUCAGGGUCAUGCAUCCGGCAGGGGGAAGGGAGGCGGAGGGGGAAGGGCAGGAGGGCCGCCACAGGGAGGGGGAGUGGGCGCAGGGGGAGUGGGGAUAGCUGCUUCUGGACAACAGGCAGGUAUACAGAACGCGUUUGAUGCCCUGGGAUUUCUUGGAGAGUUCGAGGUGGGGGAGGGGUGGGCGGGCGCAAGCAGUGCUAGGGACGGUGGAGUGAGUGACGAGCUGAGCGAAAUGGUGGGCAUGAUGGCUACUUUCUACGAGGGGGAUGGCAGCGGUGAUGGGGAUGAGGCGGCAGGCACGGACGGCUCAUGGCUGGGCCUUGUGCCGACAGGGAGAGCGAGUGGGGCAGGCAGGGCAGGAGGGGCGGCAGGGGCAGGAGGGUUUCCUGUGGAGCAGGAUCUCUCACAUGCGUUCGGUGACUUGGGCAUUCACAACGGCAGGCAAGGCCACGGCACAAAUCAACCCCAUUGUCAAGGCAGUAGCAAGGGGAAGAAGGGCGGCAGGCAGGAGCACAGGAGCAAGGGGAAGGAGGAGGAGGUGGUGGAGGAGGAGGUGUGGACGGGACCGGAGGUGGAUGAGAGAAGUGACAGGGGGGUGGAGGAGCUGUUGGGGUUGGAGGACCCGUGGGCUACGAGCGGGCGGGAGAGAAGGAAGCUGGUGGAGAGCUGGGUGGGAGAGCUGCGCGCCACUGCCACUGCUGCUAUCGAGGCCGAGGUGGCGAAUUACUCCAGGAAGGUGAGGGAGCGCAGUGAGUUGCAGCAGGUGGAGGACCUACAGGUGCUGAGGAGGGCGCAGGUGGUGGGCAUGACCACGUCUGGGGUGGCCAAGAUGCAGCGCCUCAUCACGGCACUUGGCCCGCGAGUCAUCAUCGUGGAGGAGGCUGCUGAGGUGCUCGAAGCUCAUAUUCUCACCUCGCUCACUCCGCAGACACAACACGUCAUCCUCAUAGGCGACCACCUACAGCUGCGGCCCAAGGUGGAGGUGUACGAGCUGAGCAAGGACUCCCACAAGGGCUUCGACCUGGACGUCUCUCUCUUUGAGCGGCUCGCGCUCUCCCGGCAGAUCCCCGUGUACACCCUCGCCACGCAGCGCCGCAUGCGCCCCGAGAUUGCCGACCUCAUCCGCUACACCAUCUACCCCGACCUCCAAGACCACCCGUUCGUCCAAGGGUACCCAGACGUGAGGGGCAUGGCGGCCAAUCUGCACUUCUGGGACCACAACUUUCCGGAGACCGGAGGGGACGACCUGAGGGAGGGCAAGUCCAAGUCCAACGCGGGCGAGGCAGCCAUGGUGGUGGCCCUCGCCACGUAUCUCCUGCAGCAGGGGUACACGGGAGGCGAAGUCACCAUCCUCACGCCCUAUGUGGGCCAGCUGCUGAAGCUGCGCCAGGCGCUUUCUCAGGUGGUGAACGUGCGCCUGGGGGAGGGGGAUGCGGAGGUGGUGGAGGAGGCUGAGGAGAAGGCGGCUACCAGGGAAGGUGGAACUGAAGGGGACGAGGCUGGAAAUGGGCUGGUUGCGGGGAAGGGGAAGGGGUUGGGGCUGGAGUUUGCUGCGCCUAAGGCGGUUACGGCGAAUUUGAAGGAUGCGGUCCGGCUGGCCACUGUUGACAACUUUCAGGGCGAGGAGAGCACGGUGAUCAUCAUCUCCCUUGUACGGAACAACGUGGAUGGCAAGAUCGGGUUCCUCAAGAGCCCCAACCGCACCAACGUGCUGCUGUCCCGCGCCAAGCACGGCAUGUACAUCAUUGGCAAUGCCAGCACCAUGAGGGCGGCUACGUCCAAGUCGGUCCUCUGGCCUCGGAUAAUGGACAUGCUGGAGAGCAAGGGGCGCGUGGAAAAGUCCAUCCCGCUGCGCUGUGUGAACCACCCCGACACGGUGACACACAUUGAGAGAGCCGGGGAGUUUAAGGAGAAGGCCAGCGAGGGCGGAUGCUCCCAGAUGUGCGGCUUUCGGCUCACUCCCUGCGGCCACACCUGCCCCCGCAGGUGUCAUGGGGACGACAGGGCGCACGCCAAUGCGUUCUGCCCCAAGGAGUGCAACCGCAUCCGCCCUCUGGAGGAGUGUCCGCACCAGCACACGUGCCCCAAGCAGUGUGGCGAGGCCUGUGGGCCCUGCCUCGUCACCAUCCGGGCACUCACUCUCCCCUGUGGCCAUCAGGCCUUCAAUGUCCCCUGCUUCAAGGCUCAGAACCCCGCCUCCAUCUUCUGCUCCUUUAUGGUGGAGGUCACGAUGCCCCUGUGCGGCCACAAGCAGACAGUCAAGUGUGGCGAGGCUGCCACCAGAGUAGCCAACCCCAAGCUCUGCACCGCCCGCUGCGGAGUCUUCCUCUCAGACUCCUGUGGCCACACGUGCAUCUCUCCCUGCGGUCACUGUAUCGUUGCUCCAGCUAAUACUACCACCAACCAGGGGCGUGGUUUACAGCACCAGCUUCACCAGCAGCAGCAGCAGCCGCAGCAGCAGCAGCAGCAGCAACAGCAGCUGGAGAAAACCCACAAGAAGUGCACACAGCCAUGCAAGCGGCCCCACCCCUGCGCGCACCUCUGCCCGGACCCCUGCCACAGCGGCACCCCCUGCAAGCCCUGCACUAGAAAGUGCCUCGUGGCCUGCCAGCACAGCUCCUGCCCCCAGCCCUGCCACCGAACCUGCGCGCCCUGCGCCGAGCCUUGCGGGUGGCACUGCAAGCACCAGGGCCGGUGCUCGCUCCCCUGCGGCGCCCCUUGCGACCGCCUCCCGUGCGAGCAGCGGUGCGAGAAAAAACUCAAAUGCGGCCACCAAUGCCCGUCCCUCUGCUCAGAAAAGUGCCCUCCGAAGGGGUUCUGCACGGUUGAAGGGUGUGGAGAGGAGCAGAAGAGGGAAAUGACUGUGGAUUUAGUCACGCUGGAGACGCUGGGGGAGAUUGAUCCGGACGAGAGUCCCGUGCUGGUGCUGCCAUGUGGACAUGCUUACACUGUGGAGACUCUAGACGGUCACCUGGGGCUGAACCAAGUUUACCAAGAGGCAGAAGAUGGGUCUGCUGGUGGCAGCAGUGCUGCUGGAGCGGGGGCUGGAGGCGGGGUGGGAGGAUCUGCAGGCAAGUGGGUGGCAGUGCGGCCGUUUGAUGAUGGCGGUCUGUCCGCUCUCAAGGGCUGCCCGGAGUGCCGCCAGCCGAUCACAGGCCUCCGCCGGUACGGCAGGAUGGUGAACAAGGCGCUGCUGGACGAAUCAGAGCGCAAGUUCGCCCUCAGCUGCCUGGCCGACCAGCAGCAGCUCCAGACAAAGCUGUCCAAGCUGAGCCAGGCCAUAUCUGCUUGCCCUGAGGCUGCUCAACCCAGGCAGUUGCAGGAGCUGGCCAGAGCUGCGACUUCACUGGUCUUGCAGGCAAACAAGGUGCGAGUGGCGGCUAUGGAACCGCCCACCCAGCAGACGUACCAGGCUUCUGUAGCUGCUCUGCAGAGGAAGCACCUCCACUUGGGAUCGUUGUCGUCGUCAUCUGGAGCAGAUGCUGCAGAUUCACCUGCAGAUGCACCUGAAGCUUCUCCUGAAAAACAACCUGCAGAUUCUCCUGCAGGUUUGACAGUGUCAGCGUGGGAGGAGGAGUGCCAGCUGCUGUACGUCCCCCAGCCACAAACCGGGCCCCUCUGUGAAGCCCUCCUGCUGCUGGGGAAAGCCUAUCAGCUCCUCAUGACUGCCAAUUUCCUCCAGCUGCGCUGCCUGCUGACUGAACUCCACAAGCUGUCUCGCCAGAACGCUGCUCGAACUGCUGUGCUGACUGCUGGUCUGGCUGCUGGCCAUACUGAUAAGAACAGCACGGGUAGAGAGGAGUUUCUGGCUCGCAAGGUAAAAAACUGCAGAGAGGUUGUGCGGAAGGGGCUGCGGAAUGCGGAGAGGCAUGUGGGGGAGGCGGUGGAGUGGGCUGGGAAGCGCAGGGCGCACCGGCUGGAGGCGAAGGGGAGGCUGGAGAUGGCCGAUGUGUUCCGUGCGUUCGUGGAGGGGAUGAUGGCGGAACGCCUGCUCUCAACCUCCCCGGCUGGCCUGGAUGACUCAAAGGAGCAGCAGCUGGAGUUUCUCGAGAGGGCCAAGAUGCAAUGCCUCAUGGUGGCCUCUCACCAUCUGGUGUCAGUGAGAGAGAACGACAGCCUUGGUGGCAGCGCUCGGAGAAUGCUCGAGAAAGACCUGCAUGAGCUGGAACUAUCUGUUCGCGAUGAACCUCGGUACUUUGCUGUGACCGAACGCGAGAAGGCUGAUGUGUACGAGGCGAUAGGCUUGGGAGGGGGUCAUUGGUACCGAUGCCCGAAUGGGCAUGUGUACGUCAUUGGGGAUUGCGGUAUGGCAAUGCAGGAGUCGCGGUGCCCUGAGUGUGGUGCGGCUGUGGGUGGGGGAAGCCAUAGGCUUAGAGCAGACAAUACGACUGCCGCUGGUUUCUUCAGCAGGUCAUGA